AUGUUGGUCUUUCUCUCUACUUUGAACGAUUCGAUUAUGAUGAUUAUUGUACCAACCAUUACUCUGCUCACAUUGGCUCAAUGUGUGCUGCUUGUACAUGCCGAACGACGCCGCUUUCUCUUCACCAAUACAACUCUGGAGCUUUCCAAUUUCAAUCUGGUUACUUCAAAUCCGCAAUAUGAUUCUCAUGGCUUUUUGUUGCUUAUUUUGGUUACCUAUAGCCGAAAGGUGUAUAAAGUCUAUAUGAGUGAUUCGGAAUUCAAUUUGUAUUUUCCCAGAGAAAAAUCGUCCCAUUAUCUUCAAGUUGAAUCAUUGUGGUAUCAUUAUCCGAAAUUGUCCAAGUUGAUCAAAUCACAACAAUCUAAUGUCCUUCGACCUAAUGAACAGGGAAAUAUAGCCCGAGUAGUCACAAUGCUCACCAAUCAUGAUGAUGAUGAUGAUAAUCACCACUAUUUAUUGGCCUAUUGGACAGCCAUUCAUCCGCCUAGGUUUCGAUUGCGAAUAUUCUCUCCGGUUAAUACUUUCAAUAGGUUUGGCGGCAACCCUAUCCACGAUACGAAUGGCACGUUUGAAGCGACGGCCACAAACAGAACAGUGUUCAUGUCGACCGAUCAAAAAUAUACGUUCUUGGCCAUCAAUACGGAUUAUUCACUAAAUUCGGAAAUGGUUAUCAUCUUGGUUUUCUAUGAAAAGUCACGUAAUACAAUAAUCGCUAAGGAUAGUGGAUCGUAUAAAUUCAUAUCCAACUCAAGCAAUGGAAACACCACAUAUCAGGUAUUUUCCAAAACACUUGCAUCCAAUACGACAUUAGAAGAGAGCCCAUUCUUGGGUGAAGAUAUCAUAACCGGCUUUGUUCGCGAAACUUUACUGUUUGUCAUCACGCCCAAUCAUAUAUUCUGGAUAGAUAACGUUAUCAGCAAGGAUGGUGGUCAUCUCAACAGCUGUGAUGAAUCGAAUAAAUGUAUGGUUCAAUACAAAUUAAUGUCCAACUUCAUUAACAACGAUGCUAUAAUUUGGCUAGACAUUAUUCAGAACUGGAAAUGGUUAUUAUUACCGUUGACGAUAUUGAUCUUACCAUGCAGUUUGUGUUGUUGUUGUGGUUGUUGGGGCUUCCUUUGUUGUUUGAUUCCACUUGAAUUCUGCAUACGACGUCCAACCAAUGCGCCAUCGGUCGAUAUACAUGUACAGCAGCCAUCGCAGAUGACAUCUUCACAACCAUCAUAUCAACCGGCCUGAAUUAUUGUAUCAGAAUGUUGCGUAUCAACAACUUUUAUCAGAAUGGUCAAAAAACACAUUUCCGCCAUAACUCGACGGCUCGAUUUGAAAUUGUGAAAAAAUGAUUCAUUCAUCAAUUGAAAUUAAAGAAAUAAAUUUGAAUGAUGAAUAAAUGCACAAUAAA